CGGACGAGAAAAUUUCUCCAGAAACCAAGAAAACAAGAGAGAGAAAGUGAAGAAUUUUCUCUAAAAUGCUUGCCACGGCGAUGUUGUUGCUGAUCCUCUUAUUGUUGCUGUUGUAUCUAGAUUGUCGGAAACCAAAAGGAUAUCCACCAGGCCCAAGAUGGUGGCCUGUCCUGGGGAGCAUAUUGGAAGUGGCACGCAUUCGUCAAGAAGCCAAGUAUCUCAGCAAGAGCUGUCUGAUGCUUUGUAAGAAGUACGGUUCGGUAGUGGGUCUGAAGCUUGGCAAGGACCGCAUCGUCGUCUUGAACGAUCAAGAAAGCAUACAAACGAUGCUGAACGACGAGAACUGCGACGGCAGACCGACCGGACCUCUGUAUGAGGUCAGAACUUUCGGCCGUAGACAAGGUCUCCUCCUUGUAGACGGGCGAUUGUGGACGGAGCAACGGAGAUUCGUGAUGCGGCAUCUGCGUGACUUUGGCUUCGGCCGUAACACCAUGGCCAUGAUCACCGAAUACGAGGCUCAGAAGCUGGUGGAGCAUUUCAAGAAGUUGCUGCAGGGUGAUUGCGGCCAUCAGAUCACCGACAUCCAGAGAUUGACGGUGAACGAGAACAACAAUAUCGGCCAAAUAUACAAGCUGCAGAAGGAGCCGAAUGACCUGAAGAAGCUGAGCGAAGAGUCUAACGUAAUCGAAGACAACAUCGUCGAGAAACGUGCAACGACGGUAGCGGACUUGUAUGUAAAGGCCGAGGACUACGCCGAGGUUCGAAGAAUCGCUCAAUCGGCAGGAGUCACCGUGGCUAUGCACAAUGCCUUUGGGGUGACUGUACUGAACACAUUGUGGAGGAUGAUGGCUGGCAAAAGGUACGAUACUAACGACAAGGGACUCACACAUCUACAGAGAAUCUUCAUGAAGCUCCUAGAAGAAGUCGAUAUGAUUGGCGCGCCUUUUAGUCACUUCCCAGCGCUGUGCUUUAUCGCGCCAAAAAUGUCUGGCUAUAAGUCGUAUUUGGAGACACAUCAGGAGCUGUGGGCAUUCGUGAGAGAGGAAUUGUAUAAUCAUAAGAACACUUUUGUGUUAAAUGAACCGCGAGAUCUGAUGGACGCCUACCUCGCUGUGCUGCAUUCGAAGGAUCAUAGUGACACGUUCUCAGAAACCCAGCUCUUGGCGAUUUGCGUAGAUCUCUUCAUAGCGGGCUCGGAGACAACUUCGAAGUCGUUGGCCUUUGGGUUCAUGUACCUGAUAUUGUAUCCAGAAGUUCAGAAGAAGGCGCAAGAAGAAAUAGACAGAGUCAUUGGUCGCGACAAAUUUCCCACGUUGGCCGACCGACCCAGUAUGCCGUAUAUGCAAGCGACUGUCCUGGAGUUCAUAAGGAUGUUCAUAGGACGUUCCUUGAGCGUGCCGCGUCGAUCGUUGAAGGACACUUUUAUCAAAGGCUAUAAAAUACCUAAGGACACAAUGCUCGUCUUGAAUUUCUACAGUGUAUGUAUGGACGAGUCUUGGGGCGAUCCGGAGAAUUUCCGGCCGGAAAGAUUCCUUGACGAUAACGGCAACGUCUUCAUACCAAAAACUUACUUCCCUUUCAGUAUGGGCAGACAUCGUUGCAUGGGCGAGGCAUUGGCCAAAGGCAACAUCUUUCUCAUAACGACCACCCUGCUGCAGGCUUUUAACUUCUCCGUGCCUCCCGGCGAACCACGACCGUCCGAGCAAGACUACAUGGACGGCGUCACGCCUGCUCCUAAGCCGUACAGAGCGUUAGUCUGUCCGAGAACGUAAUCUUGAAGAGUUGUAUAGGAUAUUGUUUC